AUGUUUACACAACCAGUCUCAUCACCACCCACCGUGGGCCCCGUGCCGACGUCUGUCACCAAUCCCGCAUCGCCUUCACCCCGAUCCAGCCGUUUGCGAGGCCUCAGUUAUCUUCGCAGCUACACCCAAAAUCACAUUUUGUCCCGCGAACAUAGCAGCAGCCAGGGCUCCAGCUCACCGACCUCCAACUCGCACUCCCACUCCCAUUUUCAUCAUAACACCGGCGCCAGCCCACACCCGCACUCUCAGACCCCAACUCAAACUCAAACCCAAAACCACGCCAACCGCUCCAUCGCUGCCUCUGCUCGUCCGACCCAUAGCCUGCAGCGCUCCCUCAGUUACACGCCUACUUCUUCUACUCUUCGUCGCUCCGAUACCGACCCUAGUCUGAACCCUUUAUCCCUUGUUGUUGCAUCUUUGCAGGAGCCCCAUUCGUCAUCCUCGUCGGCGAACAAGGCUUCCACCACGCCCUCCUCACCCGCUGUCGAGCGUCCCCUCGUGGAUGCGCUCCCUUCAAUCCUAGACGACGCUAUCGCGAGCAGCAGCAGUCAAGCAUCGCAGCAGCACCAGACGCAGACGCCCGACACCGAAGCCGCCGCCGCCGCAGCAGCAGCAGCAGCAAUCAUGACGAGAGCCCGCUCCUCCACGACGGGCGAUGCUCAGGCCGCCGCCGCCGCCCCUGCACCCGCCGAAAAUAUGCCCUCGAUUCGCUUCUCGGCCUACUACGACCCUCGCGCGACGCGUCCCAGCCUGACUUUCCCCCCUGUGUCGCGAACACUGCCUUCGGGCGGCGACGUCAUCAGGGUCGGCCGUUACUCGGAACGGGAUAACCAGCCCAACGUACCCAACAACACCCCAUCAGCUGCUCCCGUGGGUUUCAAGAGCAAGGUGGUUAGUCGUCGUCAUUGCGAGUUCUGGUACGAUGACGGCAAGUGGUAUAUCAAGGACGUUAAGAGUUCUUCCGGCACGUUCCUCAAUCAUAUUCGCCUGAGCCCGCCCGGCACCGAGUCGAAACCGUUUCCUGUCAAUGAUGGAGACAUUGUGCAGCUAGGAAUCGACUUUAAGGGGGGCGAGGAAAUGAUCUUCCGUUGCGUCAAGAUGCGGCUGGAGCUCAACCGAGGCUGGCAGAACAAGCUCAAUACCUUCAACAUGGCGACGCACAAGCGGCUGCGCAACAUGACGGCCGCGAACUCGGCAAACUCUUCGACGCAGGACUGCUCCAUCUGUCUCAAUUCUAUCGCUCCGUGCCAGUGUUUGUUCGUUGCACCAUGCUCGCACACUUGGCAUUUCAAAUGCAUUCGCUCGCUGCUCAACUCCCCACAGUACCCGAUCUUCGUCUGCCCAAACUGCCGCAUGGCUGCUGACCUCGAGGCUGACAUCGAGGACCCUGAAGAGGACUGGGAGGGAAUGGACGAGGACGAGGACGAAGGGCCGGAACAGAAGCAGCAGAAGCAGGAGGUCAAGGACAUGCCAGCAGUUGUGUCUGAACCUAUCCCGGCCCCUGUAGUUAUCGGAGGCUCGGGGCCUCAACUGCCGGAAAUCGACCAUGACGGAGAUGUUAUCGACUUUACGGCUGCUCUCGAGCGGUCCCAUACCAUGGCAGAGGCGCCCGAGACAGCGCCGCAGACGGUCGCUCCCAACACGUCGAUGCCGCCUGUCCCGAUCCCGGCUGUUGCGGCUGUUGCGGCUGCUCAAGCUGCAGCAUCGCGCAACGGUCGGGACACUCGUACCCCCUCGCCUAUCGCAAACCACCUACUGACUACCCACGAAGGCCCAAUCACUCCGCGCAACGAUGCCGGACCGUGGGUAUUUGACGGAAGCGCUGGCCGCCGUGCUGCGGAGGCAUCCACUGGCAUGAGAAGUCUCGACGCAGCUACUGAAAUGGAAGUCGAUCGGUAG